AUGGCUACUUAUGCUACGCCGACGCCUGCAGCCUUCCCUUCCAGUCUCAGCAACUCGCGCCGAUCACAUCUCCGAACCACGACGCGACCAGUAACAAACCGUGCUCAGCCACAGGCGCAUAUAACUACCACAACACAGAGGUCUCAAUCCAGCCGCAAUAUGACGGGCGACAGCUCCGACGACGAGGAUCUUGCACCCAUAAAGCUCAGUGCGGAAGCGCAGGCGAUACUCGGAGAGGUUGACUCGAAUUCGGCACCGGACAAGGAAAAUUGGGAACCACAAGUGCGAGCGACAAAAGCAACGAGCGAAUCCUACCGAAAGACCCGAGAGACCCCGAUUGAAAUACUGAAAAGGACCAGCCCGCUCCAACAAAGGGAUGGCAGUCCUGUUCCUCGUGUUGUGCGAGUCACUUCGGGAGCUCGUCCUGGUUUGCCUACAGUAUUAGGUCGGGACGGAUCGUUCAUGUACAAGAUUCAUGAGAAGCCAUCUUCGCGUCUUCAUUCUGUCUCCAACGACUCACAGACUCCCGCACCACGAGUACGGCGGAUUCGCAUAAGUGACUCGAGACGAUUGUCGAGAUCUCCUCCGUCCAAGCAGGAGGCUGAGUCGGCUCAGCAACAAGAAGAACAACCCGUAGCAGAAGCACCACAAUCUUCCAGUCGUCUACGCAGCCCACCAUCCCAUGGACAUCAGAGCAGUCCAGACGAGGAUGGUGCUGUGUUGCCAUCGACAAUCAUGCGAUCCCGGCGUGGUGAAGAGAACGGGGCUCAAAGCACGAUGCGGGUGAGACGGAUAGGCGGGGCUCUUCUCAACAAACCUGUAAGAAGGGGCAUGGUACGGCGGCAGAGCGAAGAGGAGGACGUGAAUUUGGAGCAUCCGGAGAGGGAACGAUCGAGAACGCCUGAGAUGGAGAUGGGCCGCCGGGCCAGAGAACCCGAUCUGGAGGAUCUUCCGGAUGAUUUGCUCGCCCUCCAAGGCAGUCCGAAACAAGUCAGACCAGUUUACAUUUCGCCCAAGCAUGCAUCUCCUGAAAUACCAAAGGAGCAACCCCUGGGUCUCACGCUGGAGCAGGCAUCUCCCGAUCCUGCGCCAUCACGACCUGCAUCCGUCCACAGAGCCUUGCCAACGCCUGGAACGCGCGAGUUGCACCCUUCCGCGAAAGCAUCAAGCUCACAAAGAAACCCCAUAUUCAAAAUACCUCCUCUCCCGUCACAUCCGUCAGCACAGGACCAAGAAAACGAGCCGCCGCCAACGUUUCGAAGAGCCAAACCCACUGCCGCGAUGCUGGAGGUACACGAAGACGAGCCACAGUCAGAUCAAAAACAGGUAGAACCUGCACCGGUGGCGGCACAGAGCUCUCCAUCCCGACAACCACUAGCCGCCAAGUCGAACAAUAUCGUCCACCGGCCAGCUCCAGUUCCGCCGCCAAAAAUGUCCAUCCUGGACGCGGCCACUUCUAACGCAGGAUCCAGAAACAAGAAAUCAGUCCACUAUGUUUUGAACGGCAAGACGUACAGGCGACUGGACUGCAUAGGGCGAGGAGGAUCUUCUAGGGUAUUCCGAAUCAUGGCCGAGAACUACAAGAUCUUUGCCUUGAAGAGAGUCAAUCUCGAGGAGGCGGAUAUGGCGGCAAUAGCGGGAUACAAGGGCGAAAUCGACCUGUUGAAGAAGCUGGAGAACGUGGACAGAGUCAUUCGCCUGUACGACUACGAGGUCAACGAGGACAAAGGUGUGUUGAACGUGAUGAUGGAAUUAGGCGAAUCCGACUUCAACAAGAUGCUCAACGAGCAGUUGAAGGCGGACAACGCCAAACUCGACAUCACCUUCACCCGACACUAUUGGAAGGAGAUGCUGGAAUGUGUGCAGUCAGUCCAUGACUACGACAUUGUGCAUUCGGACCUGAAGCCGGCGAAUUUCCUGCUGGUGAAAGGCCAGCUCAAAUUGAUCGAUUUCGGGAUUGCCAACGCCAUCCAGGACGACACGGUCAAUGUCCACCGCGAAAACCAGAUCGGCACGCCCAACUAUAUGAGCCCCGAGUCCCUGGUGUGCCACACCCCAGCGGCCGGCUCGGCGCCGGGAACCAAGUUGCUCAAACUCGGCAAGCCCAGCGACGUCUGGAGCUUAGGCUGCAUCCUGUAUCAGAUGACCUACGGCCAGCCGCCGUUUGCGCAUAUCACCAAACAAUUUGAACGCAUCAUGAGCAUCCCGAACCCGAAAGUCGAGAUCCAGUUCCCCAACACCGGGAUAGGCGGCACCGUCGUCCCCUUUGGACUGAUCAAGACGUUGAGACGCUGUCUCACGCGCGAACAGUCCCUGCGGCCGACGAUCAAGGAACUUCUCAGUGACGCAGACCCGUUUCUCAACCCCGUGGCCAUCAGCCCGGAUAUGCUGGGGAGGGUCAUCGGGAAUGUUGUCGGCUAUUGUCGGCGCAGAGAAGAGGCUAUGAGAGCGAGAGGUGAAAUCACCGCCGCGGACGGUGUCAGUUGCCUCCCUAAGGAUGAGGAGAUGAAGGGCUGGCCGUUGGCGUUUUACGAAAAGCUGAGACAGGCUCAGGAAGAGGGCACGGCUUGGUGA